GAAGAGGGGACCUUGAAACGGCUCAACCUCCUUGGACCAUAAUUGGUUUUAUAGAACUGGCGAGAAGCCAAAGUGUUUACAUCGAGGCGAUUGACACUGUUCUCAGCCAAUCAAAGAGUUUGCCGUGGAGCGUGUAGCUCUUGGUGGAGAGGGGCGGGCCUUGUAAAACAAUGCUUGUUUCAUUGCAGAAGAGUUUACAGAAGCGCGAGGGGGGCCUCAUCCCCCAAUGUUAUCCCAUAGCGUACGGACAGGCCUGUAGCCUAAUGGACUACUACAAAUCUUUUCACAGACGCUCGGAUUUUGAGAAGAUUUAAAACAUUUUCUUCUUCAUAUUUUCCUGUUCAAGUCAGUGGGAUGACAGAAAAGGAUUCGGAUUCGCUUGGAGAUCUAGAGGUAUUUUAGCCCAACCGUGGCUUUUUCGGAAUAUCCAAAACGGACUGUUUCUUUUACAUAAGUUUACCAGUUGUGGAUAAUGGAUGGCAGAGAUUUCGGUUCCCCCCGAUCCGUCCACGUCCCACCGCCGCUGCUGGCUGGGAUCGCCAUGGAGUCUCACCGACUCGGAGCCGCUGCUGCAGCCGGGAGAUUCCCUCCCUCGCCCGGCCACUUGGGCUCGGGGCAUCCGCCGCCUCUCCAUUCUGGGAAAUUCAUGCCAUCGGCCAUUAACCUACAUCAACAUCAUAACGAGGCCUUCCCAACACCCUCCAGCCCCUUCCUGGCAGGCUACCCUGGCCCCUCCCCCAUGACCUCUGACCCUGCGUACCGAUCAGCCAAUCCCAGCAGCCUGCAGAUGGCUCAGCUAUGGGCCUCCCAUUCCCACGAAGGGUACCCUCCCCUCGCUGGUGGUUUAUACCCCAGUCCCUACCUGCCCCUGGGGCAUGUGGAGCCCCCCUCCCUGGCUCAGCACCCUCUCUAUGACUCCCACCAAGAGGGUUUCUACCUGCCUGCGUCCAUAAGCCAGCCCUCCCUCCAUCCCUCUCAGGCUCGCCCCGGUGCCACGCCCCCCCAGAGGAAUCCCCGGGAGGGGGGGCGAGACAGGCCUUACAGGGUGGAGAGGUCCAGAGAGGAGCCCCGCCAGAACAGCGUUGUAGACUUGACCCAAGACAGCAGGACCGAGGAGUAUCGCAGGGCGAGGAGCGGAGAGAGGGAGAGAGACAAAGAGAGAGAGAGGGAAAGAGACAGGGAGAGAGACAGGGAAAGAGAGAGAGGAGACAGUGAAAGGGAGAGGGACAAAGAGAGGGAGAGAGACAGGGAGAGGGACAAAGAGAGGGACAAAGAGAGGGAUCAGGGCUGGUCCUUCCACUCCCUGCCCACUCCAGGGGAGCCCCGACCCAGAGCUCCCCCCCAGCCCUGCUUCCUCCCUGGGGGGCGCUUUACUGGCCGCUACCCGGGCUUGGAGCCAGACAGCAGGGGGGAUCAGGAGGAGGAGCCCAGCCCAGCGCCUCUCUCAGACAGGUCCAGGAGGAACGACUCUGUGGCCACGCCCGUCGGAACCUUACACGUCUCCUACAGGGGCCCCCCCGCAGGCCUGCCCCGCCCCCCUACGCCACGGGAGCCAAUCAGGGAGCAGCGUGUGAGCGCGCCAACGUACGUGCCUUCCGUGGAGGUUUACGACGAGAGGGCGGGGCCUAUCCAGAUCGCCUCACAGGCGCGGGACAACAAGCAAGAAAAACACAGGGAGAGGGAGAAAGAGAGGGAGCGAGAGAGGGAGCAAGAGGGGGAGCGAGAGAGAGAGGGGGAGAGAGACGAAGAGCGAGGGGAAGAUCGUGGCCGUCACCAUGACGAUAGGCUCCUGGCUGGCCGUCACCAUGACGACAGGCUCCUGGCUGGCCGUCACCAUGACGACAGGCUCCUGGCUGGCCGUAUUGAGCGUGAACAGGAGAAAGUGCUCAGAGAAAGCAAAGAGCUGGCUGAGUUCACCCAGACACACCCCCCCCUGGCGUCCAGCAGUCUGACCUCCAGCAUGAUGACCCCUAACCUGAUGACCUCUAACCUGAUGGUGACUGGAGGAGCGGGGCUGGGGGCGGGGCGCUGGCCCGGUGACCCCUCACCUCUCACCUCUCACCACUGGAUGCCUCGCCCAGGAGCACCACCUGUCUGGCUGACCAGCUCUCCCUACGGUCUGGGCCCCUCCUCCCUGCCCCAGGCCCUGCCCCCAGGAUACCCCUCCUCUCUGCCAGGCUCCAUGCCCACUCCGUACCAGUUUGCCCGGGACCCCCAGUCUGGGCAGCUGCUGGUCAUCCCCACAGAACACCUGCCACACUACGGAGGAGAGGUGCUGGAGCGUGGCAGCUCCCCCAUGUGGCCAGGCCUGUACGGUGCAGGCACCUCCCUGCAGCAUGCAGCCCAGCUCCAGCUGCUCUCUCAGCAGCAGCUCCUCAGGCAGCAUGAGCUCAUGCUCAUCCAGCAGCACACAGCUCAGGUGCUGCAGCUGCAGAGGAACGCCCAGCUGGUGGAGCGUAUGAAGGCUAGUGAGAGAAGCGAGAGGGAAGACAAGCCAGACAAACGGAACCCUGAGCCCAAGCCCCGCCCCUCCUCAGUCUCCUCCCCCUCUCCUGUCCUGCACCCUCGUAAGCUUCGUCUGUGCUCGCCCACCCCCUCCUCCUCCUCCCUUACCCCCUCCUCCUCCUCCCUCACUCCCUGCUCCUCCUCCCUCACCCCCUUGCCCCCCCUCCCCUCCCCCGUCAACACCCUCAAGUCAGAGGAAGGACCGAGAGUGCUGUCCCACCCCCCGACCCCCCUCCCUCACUCGGCCUCCCCCCGCUCCGCCUCGCCACCUCCCCCCUCCCCCCUCAGACCCAAACUGGAGGAGGGGGAGGGUGGGCGGAGGGGGCAGAGGGAGGCGCAGAAGCAGAGCACCUUCCAGAACCGUUACCCUGAAAUGUCUCCGGGCUAUUCAUACCAGCCCCUCCCUGGUCCCUUCACCUCCCCAUACCCCUCCUACCACCUCCCUAUCCCUGUGGGGGCAAACACUGACUCUCUGCCCCCUCUCCACCCCCAGGCCCUAGCCCCAGGCCCGGGGGCAAACACAGACUCUCUGCCCCCACUCCACCCCCAUGCCCUAGCCCCAGAGACACCUGUAAACAUCAAGCCCCUACCCCUCUCCACAGACAUCAAGCCCCUACCCCUCUCCACAGACAUCAAGCCCCUACCCCUCUCCGCAGACAUCAAGCCCAGUUCUGUGAAUCCUCCAGUCCAGGGACCCUUGCUUAAACAAGAGCCUGACCUGGAGCAGCCUCAGCUGGGCAUAACUCCGGCUGCCCUGGUGCCUCUCCACCGGAGCUCCAGCCCAGCCUCCCCCCACCAGCAGGGGGAGGCCCCCCAGGCCCCUGCCGGCCCCCUGCCCAAGCUAGCGCUGGAGCAGCGGUUGGAGCGAGCGACAGAAGAGAGAGACAGAGGUCCGGUCAAAAUGGAGGUGUCAUCUUACCCCUGCCAGGAGGCUUACUCGCUCACACAGCCUGCUCCAGAGGCGGAGCCUAAAACGGAGGUCACAGAGGGGUCACAGGUCACGUAUUACCCAGCAUGCCUUACUGCCGGUACUGCCAGCUAUGAGGCGGCCUGUGUGUGUGAACCACAGCAGCCCGACACACACACACACUCCCACACACAUGCCCAGCCUCCUUGCCUGAGAGAGACUGUCCUUGCCCCUCUCCACCUCCCUCCCCCCUCCUCCCCCCUCGUCAUUCUUCCUGAAGACCCCAUGGCGGGGAUGAAUGCACUACUGGCUGCCAGUGAGAUGCCCCAGGCCUGCCCUGGCUCCCCCCCUGCUCUGCUGGCCCUGCCCCAGACGGAGCUCUCUCUCCUGGGGAGGGAGAGUGGCAGUGCUGGGACCCUGGAGGUCUGGGCUCUGGAGGGAAUGGCCCUGCUCAGCCACAUGGCUCAGCUGGAGAUGGAGAGAAUCAGCCAGGAGCAAGAGCUGGCUCUGGGCGGCCUGGGCUGCCUGCUGGAGGCCAGCCGGCAGGUGCUGCUGGAGGCCAUAGAGCAGCAGUCUCACAUGCAGCUGGCCCGGGAGCUGCACCCCCACAAGACCUACAGCUGGAGGCAGAAGAAAGAGCCGUUGUUCAGUAAGACGGAGGAGGUGCUGGACGUCCUGGAGGUGGACCUGCGUGUGCGCCUGGCGGAGCUGCAGAGGAGGUACAAGGACAAGCAGGGGGAGCUGGGCCGCAUCCAGAGACACACAGACAGACGUGAGAGGCAGCAGGAGGAGGAGAGGCGGAGUCUGGCACCACGGGGGCGGGGCAGACCCAGGAAGAGGAAAUACUUGACCACGCCCUCCAAAUUAGACAGCAGGCCUGGGAGGCUGGCCAGGAGUCAGCAGUACUCGGAGGACUCUGAGGCCGGCGAGGCCCAGAGGAAGAGGCUCCGCCCCUCCAGAGAGGGGGACGAUAGGCUCCGCCCCUCCAGAGAGGGGGACGAGACGGACGGAGGAGCGAAGAAGAAGAAGAAGAACAAGAUGAUGUGGGCUGACCAGGAGGCGUCUACCAGUCACACUCCAGAGAUAUUUAAAGGAAAGCAUGGGCAUGUCUGUGAGCAGGACCAGCUGGCGAGCGACCUAGACCGUGCCCUCUCCCUCUCUCAGCUGGGCUCCUUUGCCUCGAACCGUAGACCCCCCACCGGACCCCCGGCCAAGGGUGAAAGGUCAAAGGGCAGAGCGAUGGAGGGUCGGAGGAAGGAGCUAGGGCCCCUGCUGGCCAAAGGGGGGAAACACAAGACGGCAGGCCGAGCUGUCCCCUCCGAGGCUGGCGUGAAGGUGAAAGGUCAGAGGUCAGAGGUGAAAGGUCAGAGGAAGAUGGCGAUCUCUCCGCUCCGCUCAGAGAUGAGCAACUUCUCCAACAACUCUGACUCAGAGGAGGAGGAUUCAGUACGGGGGGGCUGGCCCCCCCCCUCUAGCUCGCUAGCCCACAGAAACAGGAAGAGGCGAUCGACCACGUCGCCGACGUCCCUGCUGGCCAAUCAGAUGUCUCGAGAGAGGAAACACAAGCACUUAUCUCUGCUGUUGCAAGAGGCGGGCCUCAGCUCCUCUGACGACUCCUUUGACCAAGUGUCCUCCAGCGAGGAUGAUGCUGAGUGGGGCUUGGAGGGGAGUGAGGAGGGUGAGGAGAGCGGGCUGGGCCUGCUGGCCAGGUUUGCUGCAAGCGUGCUCCCUGUGGCCUCCACUUCCGCCACCCUCCUUUCUGACAGCAAACACCGCAGAAUGCUGAGCACUCUAGGGUCAGAGUGUGAGGGGUCAGAGGGGUCAGACUCGGGCUCUGACGUGCGUCUGAGGAAGUUUCCGUCUCUGCUUCACGGCAAACGCUCUGCCCCCGAACUGCCGCUGUUACCCCCGGCAUCCCGCCGCAUUGACCAGACCAGCCCGACCAAGCGAGAGGAGCCGCAGCCAAUCAAACGCAAACCGCCUCCUCGGCCACGCCCCUCUCCACGGCGCUUCACCUUUGACCUCUCGGUGGGAGGGGUCGGUGAAGAGGAGUGCUGGACUCGCCGACGCAGCGAAAGAAUCUUUCUCCAUGAGGCAGCGACCAAUCAAAUCUCUCCAUCCAACACGACCUCCACCAACCAGAUGUCUUCCUCCAGCUCAGCCCCUCCCCUCACCCCAAAGCCCUCCAAACCCAAAACCACCCCGUCCAGCAGGGAGGGGAAGGACACUGGAAAGAAGAAGAAAAUAAAGGACUCCCCAGUCAGCCCGCCCAUUCGGUCUAGUCCAAUCACCGACAGCCCUGUCAGCCCGCCCACUAGGUCUAGUCCAAUCACAGAUGGCCCUUUGGCUCGUCCUCUCAGCCCUUCUCACAAGAGCCAAUCCAAGGCCAAGGCCAGAGAGUCUCGGGGUGCAGUCAGUAGGCUGAUGGAGAGCAUGGCAGCAGAUGAGGACUUUGAGCCCAAUCAGGACAGCAGCUUCAGUGAAGAUGAACUCCUCCCACCGCCUAGCAACAGCCUAUCAGAGAAGACAUCUGCACCUGGUCCCCUCCAGUGUGUUCUGGAUAAAGACUCUCUAGUGGAUGGUCUCCGAGUGCUGAUCCCUAUGGACGACCAGCUGCUUUACUCUGGGCAUCUCAACACUGUCCACUCCCCAGACAUCUACAGCGUGGUGGUGGAGGGAGAGAGAGGGAACAGGCCUCACAUCUACUGCCUGGAACAGCUGCUGCAAGAGGCUAUCGUGGAGGUGAAGCCCCCCUCAGUUGCCCUCCUGCCUGAGGGCUGUCGUGUAGCUGCCUACUGGAGCCAGCAGUACCGCUGCCUGUACCCUGGAACCGUCGUCAACGGAAGCUCAGACGAGGAUGACAAUGAUGACCUCAUAACCGUGGAGUUUGACGAUGGUGACACAGGGCGCAUUCCCCUUUGCCACAUCCGCCUGCUGCCCCCCGACUACAAGAUCCAGUGUGCUGAGCCCUCCCCAGCGCUGCUAGUGGCCAGCUGCUCCAGGAGGCGUGUCAGGAAGUGCAGUAAGGAGUGCACAGACACUGGGACUAAGGUCGAAGACUCCGCCCCCAAAAACAGAGGGAGGGGCCGCAAACCCAAACCCAAACCUGAGCCCCCAGCUACUUCAGAACCUCCACCCUCCUCCCAGCCUUCUGACAGACCCCAACCUGCUGCCAUGCCUGCCCAAGAAAAGCCCUCCUCAGCCCAGAGAGACGCUCAGGAAAGAUCCCUGUCCGCCACUAGGCCUGGGCCCAAACCAGGCCGCAAAAGCUCCACCUCCUCCACAGGCCCCUCCCCUAGCUCCACCUCCUCCACAGGCCCCUCCCCUAGCUCCACCUCCUCCACAGGCCCCUCCCCUAGCUCCACAUCCUCCAAAGGCCCCUCCCCUAGCUCCACCUCCUCCACAGGCCCCUCCCCUAGCCAGUCACCUAAGAAGCCCAGCCCAGGCCCAGCUCCUGCCCGUGUCCCGCCUGCUCGUGUCCCGCCUGCCUCGCUCUUCCCCUCAGGCUAUGGGAAGGUUCUCACGGUGGACCUGUAUACUGAACCCAGCCUGAACUCCUACACCCAGCGCAGGGAGGCUGGUCGCAGCUGUAGUCUCAGUCCCAAACCAGGACCCAAACCCAGCUCCAGCUCCACACCCAAACCCAAACCCAGCUCCACCCCCAAACCCAGCUCCACCCCCAAACCCAGCUCCACCCCCAAACCCAGCUCCACCCCCAAACCCAGCUCUAUUUCCAAGACAGGCUCCACUCCUAAAUCCAUCUCAACUCUUACACAUAGCUCCACCACCACCAAACCUAGCUCCACCCCCAAAACCACUCCCACCUUCACUCCCAAACCUAGCUCCACCCCCAAAACCACUCCCACCUUCACUCCCAAACCUAGCUCCACCCCCAAAAACACUUCCACCCCUAAACCUACCUCCACUCCCAAACCUAGCUCCACCCCCAAAACCACCUCCACCUCUAAACCCAAACAUCCACCUGACUCUGUGUCCAGACUCAGCCCAGGGCCCAGCCCCAUCCCCAGACCACAUGGCACAGGUGCCCUCAAACCCAGCUCAUCCAGACCCAAGCCCGCUUCCCAGCACUCUAGCAGACCCAGCACGGGCCCUGUCUCCAGACCCAAGCCCAGGCAGGGGGAGGGGGGGCCCAGGCAAGGGGAGGGCCCCCCGGGGUCCAGGUGGAAGCCCCCCUCUGCAGAGCCCCUGGUGAAGCUGGACCACGAGGGCGUGACCUCUCCUAAGACCAAGAAGACCAAGGCUCUGAUGCUGCUGGAGGGGCGGGGCCACAGGAGGGAACACGCUCCCGUUGCAUUGACAACAGUGAGUCAGAAGCCAGUGAAAGCCAAGGCGAGGGUUCCGGAGAGGGAGGCAGGGCCAGAGAGAGACCCCGCCUACAAAGGCCCUGUGUCAGGGAAAGAGAAGGCUGAGGGUCGGGCUCGAGGGAAAGGAGGGGAGAAAGAGAACAGGAAGAGAGAGGAGAGGAAAGAGGGAGAAACGAAAGAGGACUCUCACACCAGCACCAGUUCAGAGUCAGAGGAAGAGGACGACAAAGAACAGAAGAAGAAGAAAAAGUGUGUCUCUAAUUGCUCCUCCUCCAGCCCCGCCUCCUCCUCCUCCUCCUCUUCAAACUCCAGCACCUCCUCUUCCUCCUCCUCCUCAUCCUCCUCCUCCUCAUCCUCCACCGAUGAGGAGUCAUCGUGCAGCUCAGACGAGGAGACGCCCCCCCCUCCCCCGCCCCCCACCUCCCCCCCUCCCCGACAGGACACAGUGGCAGAAGUAGAGGGAGAGGAGGAAGAAGAGGAGGAGGAGGAAGAGGAUGAGGUAGAGGUGAAAAAGGAGGAGGUGAAAGAAGAAGCCGCUUCUCCUACCUCUCCACCUUCCUCCCCGUCGCCCAGCGUGUCCUCCCAGCGCGCCCAAGGGAAGGGCUCCGGCCAGAGGGGCCGGCCUCCCAAGCAGAAGCCCAGCGGAGGAAGCCCAGCGGUGGGCAGGCCUAAGAGGAGGGAGGGCCUCCACCUGCCGAGCACCAAGGAGCUGGCCAAACGCCAGAGGCUGCCCAGCGUGGAGAACAGGCCCAAGAUCUCAGCCUUCCUGCCCGCCCGCCAGCUCUGGAAGUGGUUUGGGAAACCCACGCAGAGGCGGGGUAUGAAGGGCAAGGCUAAGAAGCUGUUCUACAAGGCCAUAGUCCGCGGGCGGGAGAUGAUCCGCAUCGGGGACUGUGCUGUGUUCCUGUCGGCCGGCCGGCCCAACCUGCCCUUCAUCGGACGCAUCCAGAGCAUGUGGGAGUCGUGGGGCAGCAACAUGGUGGUGCGCGUCAACUGGUUCUACCACCCAGAGGAGACCAGCCCUGGGAAGAAACUAACAGACAAGAAGAACUGGGACCAGAUGUGUGGACAGGCUUUACCUGCAUGUCUCCACUCCUCUGCCCAGAGAAAAGACUUCAUGGAGCGGGCGCUGUACCAGUCGUCCCACAGCGAUGAGAACGAUGUCCAGACGGUCAGCCACAAGUGUCUGGUGGUCAGCGUGGAAGAGUACGAACAGAUGACACACACCCGUCGCUAUGCCGACAGGGAGGACCUGUACUACCUCGCCGGGACCUACGAACCCACGACCGGCAUGAUCUUCAACACGGACGGUGUGCCCGUGCUCUGCUGAACACAUGCUACCUGGAGCAGGAGCCCAGCCACACCUGACCUGCCUUUCUCCUUUUAGACGUAGUGACACACACUGAUACACACUCA